CCGCCAACUACCAACUACCAACUGCCAAUACCAACAACCAGCCUACUCCGUACCUGCCCGUCCAGUCCAAAUUAUCGCUACCAAUACCAUUACAUCGACUCUUAUUCACCUGGUGACGCAAACAAAGUCUUGCUACUAGCUACUGGUCGGUGAUGAUAGUAGAGGCGCAUUCCUAGAACUCUCCCUUUUAUACGCCAAAACCUCCACCAUGGCUGGCGAACACCACGACCCGGACUCGGUGCCUGCGACACCAGAUGAGCUGAUAGAUAGGGAUGCUCUAGGUACCCCCGGGUCUCCCGGUUCAGCCGAUUCCUCAGAAGCCACAACACCGAUCGAUACACCAGGCGAAAGCCCUUCCGAACUGCCCAGAAGAAUGCCUUCCUUACGCUCUGUAUCUGAUCCACAAAACCCGGGUCACCCGAUGACAGCCUCAUCUACACAUAUAGGAGUCUUGUCUAACGCUAGACGCCCUCCCGCCACAGGUGCACAGGUGUCUAGCGGUCGUCUCCCCGAAGAUAUCAAUGCCAAGAUGCGAGCUUUCCACCUCUCGCGCCAAGGAAGUUCUGCUCUAACUUCGCCACAAGGUACUCCACCUUCUGGACCUUCGGCAGGUGGCCCUGUCAUGGGUGGUUUGCCUAGACAUCUUCAGAUGCCUGGAGCUCCCCAGAGGCCCGGUGCACCUUCAUUUCCCAAAUCAGCCCCCGUUGUACCUUCGGUGCCCCCUGGAGUUGGUGGUUUAGCAAACAAGCGGCGAUUCGGCCUAAAACUUGGGGACAUGGGUGGAGGAGCUCCGCCUCCUUCACCCGGAUCUGGCGUUUCUGGUGGGGGUCCUCCAAUGAUGCCCAUCCAGAAUGGGGGCACCCAUAUGUCACAAAUGAAGCAAUUCGAGGAGUAUAUCGAUUCUGAAAAAGGGUACCUGACAUUUAAGGGCAAAGCGAUCAUUACCAAUAAAGGUGUCGAUUUCUCGGAUGGGUCCGUCUUUAGGAUAUCGCUUGAUGAGGUUGAGAAGCUGGAUGAGCUAGGAAAAGGUAAUUAUGGCACCGUCUACAAGGUGAGACAUAUGAAGCCGCGAUUCCCACGUUUCGGCCCGGGCCUUUCCGGGUUCAAAGCGACAUCUUUGGCGAAUCUGCCGACAGUCCCGCAAGAGAAGGCAGAGGCCGAAACCAAAACUGGCUCCACUACCGGAACGGUCAUGGCCAUGAAGGAAAUUCGCCUCGAACUAGACGAAGCAAAAUUGACGACGAUUUUGAAGGAAUUGGUAAUCUUGCACGAGUGCGCAUCUCCGUACAUCAUCGAGUUCUACGGAGCUUUCUUUCAGGAGAGCGCGGUGUAUAUGUGUCUCGAAUACAUGGAUGGUGGAUCAAUCGAUAAGCUCUACUCCGGAGGUAUUCCAGAGAAUGUGCUCCGCAAGAUCACAUAUUGUACCGUGAUGGGUCUCAAAGAGCUGAAGGAUAAGCAUAACAUCAUCCAUCGCGAUGUCAAGCCCACGAACAUUCUCAUAAAUACUCGAGGUCAAGUCAAGAUUUGCGAUUUUGGUGUGAGUGGUAACCUCGUGGCGAGUAUUGCCAAGACCAACAUUGGAUGCCAGAGCUACAUGGCCCCUGAACGAAUUUCGGGUGGAGCUUUCAUGCAGGCUGGUGCAGGAGAUGGCACAUAUAGCGUCCAGAGCGACAUAUGGAGCUUAGGUCUGACAAUCAUCGAAUGUGGUAUGGGGAAAUACCCCUACCCCCCAGAGGUGUCCUCGACAAUAUUCAGUCAACUCAGCGCUAUCGUCGAAGGAGACCCACCCGAUUUGCCUGACAAGUAUUCUGAAGCUGCGCGCACAUUCGUGCAUGGAUGCCUCAACAAGGUACCCAAAUUGCGGCCAACGUACCAGGCUCUGCUGGCCUCGGAAUGGCUUAAGGACCUAACAAAACCAGAGACUAUCACGGAGGAAGACGAGGAGGCAGCAGAGAACGAGGCCAGCGCGGAAGCGGUUGCUGGGGCAGCUGGAAAGUUGGAUCUCAGUCAUUCGAGCACGGAAGACUCGGAGGUUUCUUUAUGGGUCAAGGAUGUGCUCGAGAAGAAGGAGAGUGGGCAGUAUGGAGAGACGGAGGGGCAGCCAGCGCUUCAUCAUGCUCCUUUAGAUGCCGUGAGCCCGUUGGCUAGCCCGCGAAUUGGGAAAUAGAGAUGGAGGAAACCUUUCCGACGAUAAUACACAUUAGACAAGGACAAGAAAAGAAAAGAGAGGGGAA